AUGAAUGUGAAGAAGCACAUAUGUUCUCUGGCCCGUAUGGUCCUGCCAGGCAUGGGAUUUGCGUUGAUAUGCAUGGGGGCCUACCUGGUAUCCAUGGAGAACGACCCAGAGAACACUUGGAGCGUCAUCCCUUCAUAUAUCAUGAUUGUGACCGGCUUCCUUGUGGUCCUAGUUGGGGUCUUCUGGACCCUCUGCCACAGCAUAAAGAGCAAGAGGUACCAGAGAGGAAGACACCAACAGCACAUCCAGGUUUAUACUAUUGAAAGACCCAGCUCCUUCCCUCCAUCGUAUGAGGAGUCCGAGGGCAGCCAUGUCUCUUUGGAUAAAGCCCCUGAGUUUGUGGUCGUGAGUGAAGGGGGGGUGCAUGUAGUGAUAAACGUGGCUCCUCCGCUCUACAGCCAGGACAGCUCAGAGGUUCCAGACUGCACAUGGAGCUGGGAGCAGCCUCCUCCUUACAGUCAGGUGGCGCACAUGCUGCAGGAACAGGUGGAUGCAGAAGAGCAGAUGGCAACUUUGUCUGGACGCUGA